UUAACUGCGACUCCCAACUCGGUUAGUGGCUCACUGUUCCCUUCCCUCCCUUCGGCUGUCCCGCCUGCCUCUCCUUGGGAGUGGGUAACAGCCAGCUGCCAGCAACAGCAGCAGCGCGAUCGCCUCGAUCUUCUUCGACUAUUUCUUCUCCCUCCCUCCGUCCCUCCUUCAAGAUGCGCGCAGGACUGCUGGUCCCUUUGGCCCUGGCCGUGUGGCUCACCAUCGCUUGGGCUGCCAGGACCCCGUACCAACAGAUCCUGCAUCACAGUCGACUCCGGGGCAAGCACCAAGGUCCGAAUGUGUGUGCUGUGCUGAAGCUCAUUGGGACAAACAGGAAAUACUUGCCAAACUGCAAACUGUGGUACCAGAGGAAAAUCUGUGGAAAAGCAACAAUGAUUGUCUAUGAAUGCUGUCCAGGAUAUGAAGAAGUUCCUGGAGAAAAAGGCUGCCCAGCUGCUUUGCCUCUUUCAAACCUUUAUGAAACACUUGGAGUUGUUGGGGCCUCUACCACUCAGCUCUAUUCUGCCAGCUCUAACCUGAGUGCUGAAAUCACAGGUCCUGGGAGUUUCACAAUCUUUGCCCCAACCAAUGAAGCUUGGGCAUCCUUGCCAGCUGAAAUGCUGGAUUCUUUGGUAAGUAAUGUUAAUAUUGAGCUGCUAAAUGCUCUUCGUUACCAUAUGGUGAAUAAGCGAGUCCUGACUGAUGAAAUGAAACAUGGAAUAACUUUCCCUUCAAUGUACCAGAAUAUUGAUGUCCAGAUCCAUCAUUAUCCAAAUGGAAUUGUGACAGUGAACUGUGCUAGGUUAUUGAAGGCUGACCAUCAUGCCACCAAUGGAGUAGUCCAUCUAAUUGACAAAGUCAUUUCCACGACAACUAACAGUAUCCAGCAAAUAGUUGAGAUUGAAGAAAGUCUUGAAACCCUUAAGACUGCUGUGGCAGCGGCUGGUCUUAACAACCUAUUAGAAAGUGAAGGCCAAUUUACCUUGCUAGCUCCAACCAAUGAAGCCUUUGAGAAAAUCCCACAAGAAACUCUAAACAGGAUCCUAGGAGACCCAGAAUCUCUAAAAGAUCUCUUGAGCAACCAUAUCUUGAAAACAGCCAUGUGUGCCGAAGCUAUUAUUGCUGGCUUAUCAAUGGAAACACUGGAGGGUAACAUGCUGGAAGUGGGCUGUAAUGGUGACAUGCUGACUAUCAAUGGAAGGCCCAUCAUAGCUAAUAGGGAUGUCAUAGCAACCAAUGGUGUGAUACACUAUAUCAAUGAACUGCUCAUCCCAGACUCCGCUAAAAAUUUGUUUGAGUUGGGUCAGGAAUCCGAUGUUUCAAGAGCUAUGGACCUUUUCAGACAAGCUGGUCUCAAUUCACAUCUCACUGGAAGUGAGCGGCUGACGCUCCUUGCUCCUAUAAACUCUUUCUUUGAAGGUCAGUCUCCUUCAGCAGAUAGGAACUUACUUCGGAAUCACAUUGUUAAAGAACAGCUUUCUUCUAAAUACCUUUACCAUGGACAAAAGCUAGAAACUCUGGGUGGCAAGGAACUGAGAGUAUUUGUAUACCGAAAUAAUCUCUGUAUUGAAAAUGCCUGCAUUGCUGCCCAUGACAAGAGAGGACGAUUUGGCACCUUGUUCACUAUAGAUAAGAUGUUGACCCCCCCUGUAGGAACUGUUAUGGAUGUGCUCAAAGCAGAUGACCGUUUCAGUACCCUAGUGGCUGCCAUCCAGUCUGCAGGCCUAACAGAAACGUUGAAUAGGCCAAAGUCCUUCACAGUAUUUGCACCAACAAAUGAAGCUUUCCGAGCCGUGCCACAAGGAGAGUUGAACAACCUCAUGGCUAAUGCUAAAGAACUUGCCAACAUUCUGAAGUACCACAUUGGGGAUGAAAUAUUGGUUAGUGGAGCAGUUGGUGCUGUUGUAAGAAUGAAAACUCUGCUGGGAGAUAAAGUUGAAAUCAGCUCUAAAAACCAUAAAAUACAUAUCAACAAGGAACCUGUUGCUGAGGCUGAUAUUAUGGCUACUAAUGGUGUGAUUUAUGCUGUGAACACAGUUUUACAGCCACCAGCUUUUAAUCCAAAUGAAAGAGGUGAUGAGCCUGCAGAUCCUGCACUGGAGAUCUUCAAGCAUGCCUCUGCAUUAUCCAAGAUUUCCCAAAGGAGUGUUCGGCUAGCUCCUGUGUAUUCCAAAUUGUUAGCAAGGAUGAGACACCAAGGUGACAGCCAUUCGACUGUAAAGCACAAAUAAAGAUUCAGCUAGCUUUUACCAUUCGAUUCCUGAAGAGAAGGACUCCAUUUUGAAACAAACAGCCAAGUACUACACAAAGAUUAUGUUUUUCCAACUGAAAUGAAGGAGAGAAAAUAAAAGCCAUACAUAUUUAAACCAUUGUUUGAUAAGGCUAAUUUUGUUCCCAUCUGUAGUUGAGAAUUUGGAGUGCCUCAGGUAUGGAAAUGUCUUCUCCAAAAUUAUUUAGGCCCAGUCUUCAGAUGUGCAAGAGCGAAGGCACUCUACAUCAGGUUAGCAAGAAAAUGUUUUAGUAAGGUUUUGAAUGUGCUUUCAAGAAAUUUGAACAUAUGAAGCGAGUGUAUACUGAGUCUGACCACUGGUCCAUUGAGCCAAUUAUUGUCUACUCUAUCUGGCAGGAGCUCUUCAAAUUCUCAAGCAGAAGUCUUUCUCGUCUCUCUUGAGAUCUUUUUACCUGGUGAUGCUGGGGAUUGAACCAGAGGCCUUAUUCACAUACUACUGAGCUACAGACUUUCUCCAAUUGAGUUGCUCUUCUAAGCUAAGAUUUUUUCCAAGAUUCCUGUCAGACCCUGGCCCUGAAAACAGAAAUGAUUGAACACUCUGUUCUGAGUGGUUGAGAGUCUCCAGUUGGCUUCCAUUUCUGUGAAAUAUACGUUUUAUAAGAGUACAGAACCAUUUAGUAUGCAUUUCCAUAUGUAUAAAGGCAUACUCCCAUUUCAAAAGGAAUAUAUAUAUAUUCCAUAUGUAUAGGGACAGAGUUGUCAGUUUGUACCAAGUUGUCUUAUGGGUCAGGAGGAACCCCAAACUCUCUAGACUUUGAUGCUUUUUUACCAGAGUAAAUAAUCCUUACUAGAAAACAUCCAGCUCUUUCAGGCCUUCUGGUGUUCAUAUUGCAAACCAGCAGCUGGGAUCAUCUGCUUUUGACUUGCUUCCAGUUAAGUGAGAUUAGCUAAAACUUUCACCUCUAGCUCUAUUUUGAAAAUGAAGAUCAGGCAUCCAGUUUCAUAGCAAUGAUCUAAAAUCUCGUAGUACCUUUUCCCAAACACAUAGCCUUGAUGAUCUGGAAAUAAUUUUGUAUAUACACAUUCUAAGGGAACUAGGUUACCAAAGUACAAAUCUUGCCUUCAGUUACAGAGCGGCUACUUAGGUCACAAGCCAAAGAGCAGUGAAGUUUCAUAUUCCACCUAACAGCUCCUGACACAUGAUGAAGCCUUUUUGAAAUUCAGCAGACUUUCAAAUGUCUUUUCCAAUGCAGUAUGGGAGACUUCUGUUAAGGUGUAUGUGGGGGCGGCGGGAGGGCGUGGGCAAGAUAAAAGCCUCUAUUAGCCAUGGCAUAUGCUGAAAGGAGUUCUCUAAAUUGUGGACUAAGACCUUGCUAGGCACUCUCUCUCUCUCUCUACAAUACAAUUUGUGUAGUUCAACAAGAACAUGUGGUUUUUAUUUUCUUCCCUCCUGUGCUUUGAAAAUCUUCCAUGCAAUUUUUUGUUUUAAUGGGGGGUUUUUUAGUCUCCUUCUUGGUAUUAGGAAAGUUGCGUGCUAUAAGCUAUGGUUUGAUCAGUUCUGUCAAUUACCUUUUUUGUUUACACAUAUGGUUCUAACUUUAAUAUCUUUUGUUCUUCAUGAGUCUGGAAAUACACCCUCUCUGUAAUGUGGUCAUAGAGCUCUUCCUCAUCAAAACCUUUGAAUAAACAAUUCAUUUGUAAUGAAA